AUGGGUGAAGCCACUGUCAACGGCGACAUGCCUCAAUCUGCGUUUCUCUCGCACCUCACCUCCUACCCCAUCGUCUCCGACUCGGUCAAGACGAUCAAGGAGAACCCGUACGGCGCCAAAUCCAUCGACCUGACCAACGCCGGCUACGCCAAAUUCGUCAAGCCAGCCGUCCCUUACUUCGAGACGCCCGCCUCGUACGCGAAACCGUAUGUCGCAAAGGUCGACGAAAUCGGCGACAAGAUUUUGUCCAAGAUCGACGAACAAGUGCCCAUCGUCAAGUCAGACACGAAGGAGCUUCAGGGCAAAAUCUCCGGCUACAUCAACUGGCCGCUCGAGACCGUCCACAACACCAAAGACUGGGCGUUCAAGACCUACGGCGACGAAUACAAGAAGUGCGGCGGCGACGGUGUCGUGGCCGGUGGCAAGGCCGUCAUCACCACGUCGCUCAUCUUGAGCUCGGAUGUGCUCAAAUGGGUCAGCUCCUUUCUUCAGGCCAAGAAGGAGGAGGCCAAGGAGGUCGCCCAGGAGAAGACCAGCUGA